UGAGAUUCAUGUAGGUAGAGGUUAGCUGUUUAGCUAUGAAAGGUUGCGAUCACUGCGAAGAUGCUGUUCCAAUUCAAGAUAUUAAAUACAGCAUUUAAGGGACAGAUGGAUCGGUUUUGAUGAACGUUUCUCCAUCUCCAUGGAGUUGAUUCUAUGCUUCAUCUGCCUCCUGUCACUCUUUUCUCUGGUCCUAACUGUUCCUGGCGAUCACCAUGGUGAUAACAGCACCCGUCACCAUGACUACUGUGUGCUAGGGGCUGGGCCUGCAGGUCUGCAGAUGGGCUUCUUCCUCGCCCAAAGUCAAAGGGAUUACAUAAUACUGGAGCGAAACUCAGGUCCAGGAAGUUUCUUCAAAAGGUAUCCUCGCCACAGGAAACUAAUCAGCAUCAACAAGGUGUACACAGGGAGGCGAAACAGGGAAUUCAACCUGCGGCAUGAUUGGAACUCCCUGCUGAGUAACAGACCUAACUUGUUGUUUCAGCGAGUCAGCCGAGACCUGUACCCUGAGGCUGAUGCCUUCCCUCACUACCUCUCAAUGUUUGAGAAGGAGCUGGGGCUGCAAGUUCAGUAUGGCACUGAUAUAGGGAGAAUUCAAGCAUCAGGGUUCGGACUGAAUGGAAACAAAAGCUAUAUACUGACUGACCAGAAUGGGGAAGAGUAUAAAUGCAGAGUACUGUUAGUGUCUACAGGCCUGUGGGUUCCUGAGGAGGUGCACUUUGUGGGCUCUGACUUGGUGGAGGGCUAUGAGUCCAUCCCCACUGAUCCUGAAGAGUACAAAGAUCAGGCCGUGCUGAUCCUGGGCAAAGGUAACUCUGCGUUUGAAGUGGCACAGAGUAUCCUGGGCAGAGCCAGCCGCAUCCAUCUGUACAGCCCAAGUCCCGUACGGCUGGCCUGGCAGACACACUAUGUAGGGGACCUCAGGGCAGUGAACAACGAGCUGUUGGACACAUACCAGCUGAAGUCUCUGGAUGGCUUAGUGGAGGGUGGACUGGAGGACAUUGCUAUUGUUCAGCGAGGAAAAGACGGCGGAAAGAGGAGAGCUGGGAAGAACAGGAUGGGAAAGUCUUCAGAGGGGAAAAUGCAGCUCUACUUUACUCUGUCCGAGCUUUUGGACCGCCAAGACGGCAACCGGAGCACUGCGAUCACUGCAGAAAAUCUGCCUGGGUACCAUGACGAUAACUUUUCACUACGACAACCAUAUGACCGCGUAAUCCGCUGCCUGGGAUUUCGCUUCAACUUCUCAGUCUUUGAUGGCUCUGCCUGUCCACCGCACAGCAGUACUGCUCGAGGGCGUCUGCCGGCAGUAACGGCAUGGUAUGAGGGCAGGGGAACCCCCAACCUCUUUAUUUUGGGAACCGCAGCCCACUCUAGAGACUACCGCAUGUCAGCUGGAGGGUUUGUUCACGGAUUUCGCUACAUAGUGCGUGCUGUGCAUAAGAUAUUGGAGCAGCGUUACCAUAAUAAUGCAUGGCCAGCCAACAAACUGCCCACCAGUCAACUGCUGCCUUGGAUUUUGAAGAGAGUGAAUGAAGCCUCUGGACCAUACCAAAUGUUUGAGGUUUUGGGGGACAUUAUAUUACUGCAAGGCUCUCACUGUGAGUAUCUGGAGGAGUUUCCUCUACAGGCUCUACCUCGGUUCUCUGCUCUGUCUGGUCGACACGUCUCUGAGCACGGUCUCCUGAUUGUGGUAAUGCAGUAUGGACUAAACCGCACCGACACUCUUGGGCCAGGACGUGCAGAGUCAGAGUGGACCAAAGCCUGGAAGUCCAAUUUCCUUCACCCUGUAAUCUACUACUACCGUACUGUGCCAACAGAGGGAGACAUGAGGCGGCGCCCAGUUGGCUGGCCCCUGCCACGUCCUGAUGCUGUGCAUCAUAUGGUUGAGGACUUCCUGACUGAGUGGGACCAGCCUGUCUCUCACAGCCAGCCCCUAAGACGCUUCCUGGAACACUGCCUUCACAUGGACCUCCGAGCAUUCUACGCAGAAUCAUGCUUCCGACUCUCCCUCACCAGUCGUAAGCCACCCCUGUUCUGUCGUCAAGGUUACCUUAACAAAGAGGGCUUUGUGGGUAAUAGCCACCUGUGGCAGCAUGCCCGGGAGGCAGGACUCAUGCCAACCCAUCAGGGAUCAGUUGUUCCUGGUGAUGAUGGGUCUUUUUCUGACUGUCUGUCCCAUGCUGGUGCUGACAUGACUUCGACAAUCAACUUUUAAACAAGCCAAAGUUUGAAUCCCUGAUGUAUGAAAUGUGGUUCCUUACUUCCAUACCUCUUUGUGGUACUUAUUUCAGCAAAUGCCUCAUAUUUUUGUCCAUGAUUAUCACUAUCAUGUUUUUUUAACUAUAAUUUAAUGUUUUUUUUUAAACUAUAAUUUAUUUUUAAUACUUCCUGAAUACUGUAAAUGUACUGUAUGUACACAAAUACAUGACAGUAUAGAGUGAAUGCCAUUACACAGUAAAACCCUCAUUUUCAGUGUGAUAAAACCAGCUCUUCUAUUUUUGGCACAAUCAGAUUUAUUUUUCUGGUGUGAAACUACAGUGAAAGUAGCCCACACUUACAGAUACUAUUGGGAAUUCAAUAAAGCUGGACUUCUACAAUAACCAA